ACCGUAAGUUCUGUUGUUCUAACAAGAGGCAAAGGAAACAAGAAGCCAUAUAAAAUGAAACUUAUUAUAGCUACAUUUUUAAUUAAUCUCGUCCAACAGUCUUUCGGACAUGGCUAUCUACAAAGUCCAGCUGCCAGAAACUCAAUGUGGAGAUUUGGCUUUAAAACACCGGCAAAUUACAACGAUAACGAACUAUUUUGCGGUGGAGCCACAGUUAUGAAUAUGAACAACGGUGGACGCUGUGGAGUUUGCGGAGAUCCUUGGCACGUAAAAGAUCAACCACAUAUGGACGGUGGAAGGUACGGUAGUCGCAUUAUCACAAAAACAUAUACAAAAGGUCAAAUUGUUGAUCUUGAAAUUCUCUUGACAACCAGUCACAUGGGGUAUUUUGAGAUUAGAAUAGGAGAUUUUUCUUCCACCAGAACUUCAGGAGAUUCGAUUGGAAAAUUAAAUGGAGAACUCUUGCAGUUAGUAACAGGAGGUACACAGUUUCGAGUGACAGAACGAGGUAGAUUUUUGUACAAGUAUCAAGUUCGUCUUCCCUCUGACUUAACAUGCGAACGAUGUGUUUUACAAUGGUGGUAUAGAGGAGGUAACAACUGGGGGUGUGAAGGUGGAAAAUGUGGAAUGGGACUUGGACCUCAAGAACACUUUGUUAAUUGUGCAGAUGUAAAAAUUGUUUAAUAAUAUUAUAAUAAACUUUUUUAGCUUUA